AUGAAUAUAAAAUCAAAUAAGACAAAUCACAAAAACAAAAAGCCCUCUUAGAAUGCCAUAACUUCCGACUCUUUGGAUAUCACCUAUAUUUGUCCCAGGAUUCUCGCUAUGUCAUUUCCAGGGGAUGGGAAUCCAGCUUAUAUCAAUAAGAUAGACGAUGUAAUAGCUAACAAAAUUAUCAUAAGGUUGCACAAUAUUUGCAAUAACGACACCAUAAUGACUAUCAGAUUUACAAUUUGAGUGGGAUGCAAUAUGACCAUACCAAGUUCAAAGGGAGGAUUUACUCUUUUGUAAGCGAUGACUCUUAUGAUAUUAGCCAUGGGAGGAGAAGUCUGCACCCAAUUUGGGAUAUUUGUUCAUGUUGUGUAAACACAUUGAUGAUUUUCUGUCAUGUAUGUUAACAGUCUAUUCUAAGCCAAAUUAUCGAAUGUGAUUGCUGUGCAUUGCAUUAAUGGAAUCGGGAGAACUGGAACUGCAAUUUGUUGUUAUCUAUUAUACAGUGGUCGUUUUUCAAAUGCAGAGGAAGCAUUGUUCUACUAUGACAAGUAGAAACACUUGAAGGGAGGUGGAGUCACUAUGCCGUCAUAAAUAAGAUAUGUGUAGUACUUUGAGAAGUUAGUUAUAAUCAGUUAAUCAUUAGAAUACUAUUCCAAAGACAUAUUCACCCACCUAUCAAGUACUUGACUUCUAUAGUGAUACAUGGGAUCCCAGACAUUUAAGACAAACAAUGUAAACCUUUCUUAGAAAUUUACACUUAUGAAAAUUCGUGUAAGACCUUGAAAUACACUGACAAAUUGGAGGUAUUCUCAAUCUAAAUUUAGUAUAAAGAUUAAAAAAAAGCCAAAGAUUUGCUUUUAAAAGAUAUCGAACUAAUUAGGAUUAAUAUUGGCAAACCAUUUUUAGCAAUUGGAGACAUAAUGAUUAAAUUUAAUCAUAAUGGUAUUAUAAAAUACAAUAAUGAGGCCAAUUUGAAGUGGAACCUAUGUUUCGAGUUUCCUUCAAUACUGCCUUUGUGGAGGACAAGUAAACUUAUUUUCUAUAUUAUAGCAAAUUGGCUUUCAGGAAUGAAGAUUUGGAUCCUUCGAAAUUACAGAAGGAUGACAGGUUUCCUGCUGAUUUGAAUGUUGAGAUUUAGUUUAAAGAAUUCUGUAAAUGCACGAAUGAAAUAUAAUUUAAUUAAAGGUGUAAAAGUUGUUCCAACUUGUCCAAGCAACUUUGCCCUGAUUGGGAACUCGUUUAGAAUAUUUUGAAUGACUACACCAAGCACAGUGUGGAGGAGUCGUAGAUUUUGUUAUUUGGAGAUGCUGCAUUCGACAAUCUCAAUUAAGUUAAAUAUCAAACAUGUAAAGUAAUACUCUAAGGAUUUUAGUUUAAGGAGGACGUGCUCGAUCUGAUAUCAUUAAAGAUGUUGAUGAUGAUUUUUGAAUAAAUAUAUAUAUCAGAGAUAAGAUUGUGUAUUAAUCA